CGGUGGCGUCACGUGGACGGUCUCACGGGCGGUGGCGAGUGGUUCGUUAGACGGGCAGGACUCGCGGCACGUGCUCGCUGACACGGUGGUGAGUGACCCACGAGUGGGAGCGAGGUCGCCCCUCAGGACGGCGCCGCUCGAUCGGGGAAUUCGUGGCUACCGCGCCUGGAGGUGACGGGAGCGCCUCCUCGGGACGGUAAUCCGCAGUCGCAAACAGUUUGACAAACGUCGUUGCCAAGAUGGCGCCCGUCUUUACGCUGGCUCUGCGGAGCAUCGACUUCGGUGAGGGCCCGCUGGAAAUUCUCGACUGUCCGGGGCUGGAGGCGCACCUGGCGCGGAAGGAGGCGGUGCGCGGCGAAGACGGCAAGACGCACCUGGAGCACCAGUGCACCUUCACCGUGCACUCGCUCCGCAACGCCUUCGUCGUGCCGAUGAAGGACAAGUCGUACUUCCAGAUCACGCUCGAGUUUGAGUCGGGCACCACCAUGGAGACGACGGUGGCGGCGUCGACGCUGGUGCAGAAGUGCGAGGAUAACAGGCAGAACCACGCGCAGGUGAUGCUGAAGUUGAAGCCGUCGGGCUGGCUGAACGUACGGGUCAAACUCACUGACGACGGCGAGGAUGUGGAAGUGAAGGAAGGCACUGAGAUCGAGACGCAGACGGAGCUACCGGCACGACGCGGCGCCGUCAAGCACCACAAGGUGCACGAAGUGCGCGGCCACAAGUUCAUCGCCAAGUUCUUCCGCCAGUUCGCCUUCUGCGCCUUCUGCCACAAAUUCAUGUGGGGCUUCCGCAAGCAGGGAUACCAGUGCCAGCUGUGCCAAUGUGCCGUGCACCGCGAGUGCCACGGUAAGAUCCUGGGCCGGUGCCCCGGCACGGCGGCCGAGACGGAGCAGAGCGUGAUCCUGCGCGAGCGCUUCAAUAUCAACGUGCCGCACCGCAUGAGGAUACACAACUACAAGUCCCCGACGUUCUGUGACCAGUGCGGCACCCUGUUGUACGGCCUCUUCCGCCAGGGCCUGCGCUGUGAGGCGUGCGGCCUCAACUGCCACAAGAAGUGUCAGAGCAAGCUGCCCAACCUGUGCGGCAUCGACCAGAAGCGGCUGCACGAGCUGCUGCACGAGGUAAAGAGGGUGCCGAAGCCGGCCGCCAGCGACGGCGGGGCGGGCGAUGAUAGACUGACGCCGAUCCAGGAGUCGGCUGCGGCGGAUCUGGUGCCGCUGCCGCCGCGCGAAGAAUCGGCCGAGCGACGCGAUUCGCUGGCGAUCAUCGACCCGCCGCCGGCCGCCUUGGAGCCGCAGUUCAACAUCGACGACUUCCAGAUGCUCAAGGUGCUGGGCAAGGGCAGCUUCGGCAAGGUGAUGCUGGCCGAAAUGAAGGGCUCUCACCAUACGUUCGCCAUCAAGUGCCUGAAGAAGGACGUGGUGCUGGACGACGACGAUGUCGAAUGCACAAUGAUCGAGAGGAACGUGCUUGCUCUCGGCACCCAGCACCCGUUCCUCUGUCACCUCUUCUGUACCUUCCAGUCGUCGUCGCAUCUUUUCUUCGUCAUGGAGUUCCUCAACGGCGGCGAUCUCAUGUUCCACAUCCAGCAGUCGGGCCGCUUUGACCAGGACCGCGCGCGCUUCUACGCCGCGGAGGUACUCUGCGGGCUCGAGUACCUGCACGCGCGCCACGUGGUCUACCGCGACAUCAAGCUGGACAAUAUCGUGCUGGACGCCGACGGCCACGCUCGCAUCUGCGACAUGGGUCUGUGUCGGAUGAACGUGACCGACCAGACACGGUGCUCGACCUUCUGCGGCACGCCCGACUACCUCGCGCCCGAGAUUGUGCGCGGCAAACGCUAUGACCAGGCCGUCGACUGGUGGUCGUAUGGCAUUCUGCUCUACGAGAUGCUGAUUGGCCGCUCGCCGUUCUCGGGCACGGACGAGGACGAGCUCUUCUGGUCCAUCUGCAACGAGGAGGUGUACUACCCGCGCUACAUCUCUGUGCAAGCGCGCGAGAUCCUCGGUUUCCUGCUGGAGAAGGACCCCGAGAAACGGCUAGGCUCGGUUGGCUGCCCGGCCGGCAACACCCGCGACCAGGUCUUCUUCAAACCUAUCAAUUGGGAGAAGCUGGAGAAGAAGAAGCUGCCGCCGCCCGUAAAGCCCAGACUGAAGGGCGCAAAGGACUGGUCGUGCUUCGAUAAGAGCUUUCUGCGUGAAGCGCCGGCCCUCACCGUCAUCGAUAAAGAGAUCCUAAAGACGAUCGACAACGACGUCUUCGGCGACUUCUCCUAUGUCAAUGAGGCCAUGUUCCAGGAGAUGGGUCGCAAGGGUGACGGCAAGAAGAUCUUGAAGGGGGAGCUGACGGGCAGGAAAAUCUCCAAACAAGAGGACGGCCUGCCUGCCGACAAGGCGCUGGUGCUCAAACUUCUUAACGACAACCGGAAGUUGACCGGGAGCGGUGCGCCUCCUCAGCCACAGCGGAAGAUUUCUGCGCCGACGCCGACAGGCCUGGUGGCGCCGCGCGUGGAGCCGCGCCUCUCGCUCUCGCCCUCGCCCGGCCGCAAGGUGUCAGCACCGUCGCCGGCCAGCGCGCCGGCCACGCUGCAAGGCGCCUCUCCGCUGAACGCCAAGGGUCGCAAGAUCUCGGCACCCUCGCCGUCCGGCAUGCUGCGCAAGAUCUCGCACGUGUUCGGUGGCCGCGGCGCCGACGGGACGGACGGCUGCUCACCUAGCCUACGGCCCGACGCCGGCGCGACGGAGGCGGCCCGCGACCGCUCCAAGAGCCCGCGGCCGCACGGCGCCGACUCGGGCUACCGCUCGGCCAGCUCUAACGACAGGAGCGUGCGCUCGUCGGCCGCGCCGCGUUCGCGCUCGCGGAGCCCCGACCCGCGGGCGGCGUCGCCCAGGCUCGGUGUGCAGCAGGCGCGCUCGGCGCGCAACCGCUCCCGUUCUCGGAGCCCCGACCCGCGGGCGGCGUCACAGAGGCCCAGCAACGGCAAGGCGCCCUCCAAGGAGCGCUCGCGCCAGAAUAGCCCCGACCCCCGCGCGGUGGAAGCUGUUGCUGACCGGCAGUCGAAGCCAAGACUGUCCUCUGUGCGGGACAGGUGUAGCGGCGUGGUCUGCUGCCGCCGUAAGGAGCGGACGCCGCUGAGCGGAGGCCUUCUCCGGGUGACGGGGCGUCAGGUGACCGGCUUACGUGACGCGCUGUUCGCAAACAGUGACGCCGGCGGGCACUACCCGAAGCGCCGCCGCCGGAACGUGCCGACCCGCACCUGCGGCAGCGACAGCCGCGCGCAGAGCCAGGUGCUGAGUAACGGACCGGGAUGA